CAUGUAGGUUGAUGUUUUGUAACUGAAACUGCGCUAUUGUUGACAAUGGGUACAAGUUAAACGUUGAUUACGAGGGAGAUGUAAUGAUAUAUAAUGUUAUCACGGGACAAUAUGAUAUGAUAGAAGGUGUUAAUUUUAGAUAGCGAUACAAUAUAUAAGUUAUAUAAUUGUAAUAAAAUCGUGGAUGGAUAAACAUUAUACUGCACAAAUCUGGACAUUUAACAUUUGAAAAAUGAUCUGGAUCUAUUGCUUUCUAGGGCUUAUAACCCUCGGCUGUGUGGGUGCUGAUUAUGCCAAGUAUGAGGAGUUUGUCCGCCAGCAAUCAAAGAAUGCAACAUUCGUCCGUAUGUUCGAGAAACACUUGAGUCAGUUUCAGGACCAUGAUAAGAAUCUGCGAAUCAGUGAAACAUUUCCUUGCAAAGCGUUCCCACAACCACAGACUAAGACGACCUCAGUACACAAAUUGAGACCAAUGGACGUCAGUGUUAUAGGUGCUCUAGGUGACUCUAUCACGGCUGGAACAGGCAUCACCGCAGGAACGGUGCUUGGACUUCUGCAGGAAGACAGAGGUUUAUCAUGGAGUGUCGGUGGUGAUAAAACAGUGAAUGAAGAGGAAACUAUUCCAAAUAUUCUAAAAGUAUACAGUCCAAACAUCAAAGGUUAUUCUACUGGUUCCGGUCCUGUAUGGUGGGAACCAAGCUCCCAUCUUAAUGUUGCUGACCCAGGAGAUAAAUCCGAUGCUAUGCCAGGUCAAGCAAAGACAAUAGUGGAACGUAUGAAAGCAGACAAGAAUAUUAACUAUGACGAAGACUGGAAAGUUAUCACAUUGUUUGUUGGAGGAAAUGACUUAUGUGAUUUCUGCGGUUCUGGAAAGGUAAAAGUUAAUCAGUGUUUCCGCAACACAAUACUUUUACAGAUUGAACCAGUCGGGAAGAAACGAACAAAAUGGACACCGGGAGAAAAAGUGGAGUGUCCAAGUGCCGAAUCACCAUACUUUUUUACCUACAAGAAUAGUGAUAAUACAGACACUUUUGGGGAUUCUGUUGGGAAAUUGGUGAGCGAAGUUGACAAUUCGAACGCUGGCUCUGGCAGUUCAUCAAACCAAUCAGGACCAAGCUCUGUUUCUAUGACAAUCAUCGCCACUGUAGCAGGUGUUCUGAUUGUAGCAUUUGUGUCUGUAAUGAGUGUUGUUGCAUGGAGACGUCGUCAUAGCAACAAAGAAGAGCGAGAUUUUCUCCUUAGAAACAGAAACAAACAGUAUUACGCGCCUAUCUAAGCUGGACAAAUCAUAAAUUCUGACGUAAAAUCUGUGAUAGUAACUUUUUUAAUUGAAAUUGAUAUUUUUCUUACAUUUUUAUGUUCAUGUUAGUGCAAUAAUGUGAAUAAAUUAUAUUUGAUGGAAUUA